AUGGCUGAGAGGCAAACAACUAGAGAGGAAUGUGGCUACGAGGUGGCUGAACCCAGCAUGGAUGGUGAAUGGCGUGAGCAAGUUAAACUGAGUAAAAUCAUGUCUGAUAUUGAAUCCGUGAGUAAAAAAAUGGAGAAAGAAAAGCAACAGUUCAAAGAGAAAUCCAGGACAAAAGUUAUUUUAAGUAAAAGUGGAAAAAGCGACAGUAAAGUUAAAAGAAUUGGACCACAUAUCGAAAUCUUCCAAGUAUUCAGAGAAAGGAACCAAUUCUUGAACACCAAAAAAAUUGUUAGAAUGAUCAUCGUCUUGCAGGCCUAUGUUAGGGGGUGGCUGGAACGCAGAAGGUUACAAAGAAUCAUGAUCAAGGCUUUAUAUCAUGGACCAAGUUUGAAAUCAGUUUUAGAUAUGUAUCGCCGAGCAAUCCAUCGUGUUAGAUAUCGACUUGGCCUUUGGAGGACACGACAAAUUGUAAACUUCAUAGAACUAGAGGAAUGGAUGGACAGGAAAAAAUUCUAUGAAACAAUGUUUACUAAGAGGGAAGAUUGGCAAGGAUUAGAAAGAAGUGAACUUCUUAAAUACUUCAACGACUGUGGUCAUUUUCCAACCCAGAAACAAAUUGAUACUGCUUGGGAUCUGGUCCAAACCAAUGACCUUGAAAGAUAUUCGGAAAUAAUCAAGAGGUCCAAAGCAAUUGAAAUGAUCUUCACGCUCUACCCUCCACUGGGUGCCCAGGUGAAAAAAAAUACACAAAUUAAAUCAACUUGGCUAAGACCCAUAGUAAAUGGGGAAGAAGGAUAUAAAUAUAUAGUGAAUGGACAUCCAGUACUGAAAAGAGCUAACAUACGGAUUGUUGGGAAUUUAGUGGCCAGCUCAAUGAGAGAGAGGAAAUUGAGACAACAUUAUCAAAACUGCAAAUUAGAAUAG